GGCGGGGGAGCGAGCGGCGCCGGGAGCAGAGCGCUCCCGGUAUCCCGGCUCCGCCAUCCCCGGCCGGUCCUCCCUCCCGCCCGCCCCGUCCGGGCACCGCCGCAGCGAGUCCCCGCACAGUGGCCAUGGAGUACACGCCGCCCCCCAAGCCGCAGCUCUCCUCCCGGGCCAACGCCUUCUCCAUCGCCGCCCUCAUGUCGAGCGGCAGCUCCAAGGACAAGGAGUCCCCCGAGAGCACCAUCAAGCCUCUGGAACAAUUCGUUGAGAAAUCCUCCUGCGCCCAGCCUUUGAGUGAUUUAUCCAGCCUGGAUCCUCACGGGGAUUUUAGCAGCAGCCCUUCUUCCCUGUGCACCGAGCCCCUCAUCCCCACCACCCCCAUCAUCCCCAGCGAGGAGAUGGCCAAAAUCUCCUGCAGCCUGGAGACCAAAGAGCUCUGGGACAAGUUUCAUGAGCUGGGUACCGAGAUGAUCAUCACCAAAUCCGGGAGGAGAAUGUUUCCUACGAUCAGGGUUUCUUUCUCGGGAGUGGAUCCUGAGGCGAAGUAUAUUGUGUUAAUGGAUAUAGUUCCUGUGGACAAUAAAAGAUAUAGAUAUGCCUACCACAGGUCUUCCUGGUUAGUGGCUGGAAAAGCUGACCCUCCUCUCCCUGCAAGGUUGUAUGUGCACCCUGAUUCCCCGUUCACAGGAGAGCAACUGCUGAAGCAGAUGGUGUCCUUUGAAAAAGUCAAACUCACCAACAAUGAGCUGGAUCAGCAUGGCCAUAUCAUUUUGAACUCCAUGCACAAGUACCAGCCGAGGGUCCACAUCAUUAAGAAGAAGGAUCACACAGCUUCUUUGCUAAAUCUGAAAUCAGAAGAGUUCAGAACAUUCAUCUUUCCAGAGACAGUUUUUACUGCUGUUACUGCCUAUCAGAAUCAAUUGAUAACCAAGUUGAAAAUUGACAGCAACCCUUUUGCUAAAGGAUUCCGUGACUCUUCCAGACUCACUGAUAUCGAGAGAGAAAGUGUGGAGAGCCUUAUCCAAAAGCAUUCCUAUGCCCGAUCACCCAUUCGGACCUAUGGAGGAGAAGAUGAGCUUGGAGAUGACAGCCAGGCAACACAAAGCAGAGGGUCAGCCUUUACAACAUCUGAUAACCUGUCCCUCAGUUCCUGGGUUUCCUCUUCAACCAGUUUCCCAGGAUUUCAGCAUCCACAGUCUUUGAGUGCCCUCGGUACCAGCACUGCGUCCAUAGCUACACCCAUUCCUCAUCCGAUCCAAGGAUCUCUGCCUCCGUACAGCCGCCUGGGAAUGCCUCUUACACCCUCUGCUAUAGCCAGCUCCAUGCAGGGCAGCGGCCCCACUUUCCCAUCCUUCCACAUGCCAAGGUACCACCAUUAUUUUCAGCAGGGUCCUUAUGCAGCUAUCCAAGGACUGCGUCACUCUUCCGCAGUGAUGACACCGUUUGUAUGAGUGACGUAAGACAAGAGGAACACAAGAUUUUACAUGUGCAAGUUUGCUAUGAAAAAUACGUGGGACCUUCCUGAAAGGUCUGUGGCAGGAGUGCUGAACUCAUAACAAACCAGCUAAGAAAAUGCAUUGUGGAUAUAGAUUCCUCUUUUGAGGGAUCACAAGAAGAGAGCAUGCAGCUUGGAGCUGCUCACAGAUCUAUGUGUAACACAGCCAAAAUGGAUCCCAAAGUUCCCAGGAUCUUUGGUCGCGUGCAGCUUGUUCCAAAGGUGCAUUAUACCUGGUGGAAAGAGAUUAUCUUUAAGCAGUAAUGUACAAACUAUUUGUCUAUAGGUCUUUUUUCAUAUGCUAGAUGAAUUCUAAAAAAGGCAAUACUCUUACUCAUCUUCAUCUCUUCUUGUGACUGAUGAGCAUCUAAACAGAAAAAAUGUAUUGCUAUAACUUUGAGCAUGUUCUAGGCUAUCUCAGCAUACAUUUGCUGAAAACAGGACAAAGUGGAGAAGACCACUGUCCUUUUUAAGACUGGCAUAUAUUCACCAAAACCAGUAUUUCUUAGUUGCUACUAUAAUCACAAAGAGAACGUUAUUAACAAGUAUUUCUUUCUUUCUUUGUUACUUUCACAAAACACUUAUCGGUUCCAAAAAUAAGAACUGUGUUACAGGACUGUGGUAGUAAUAAUGUAUUCUGUCCUUCAGCCUAAAAGGAAGUUUGUUCUAUAUCCGAGGAGGAGCAAUUUAACUGUUGGUUAAGGUAUAAUGAAGAAAAAUUUUGAUUUGGGAAAAUCUGUUACUUAAACUUAGAAACCCAAGAUUUCAAAUUUUAAAGCAGUGCUUGUUAGCUACUGUGCAUGCCACUGAAGGCUUGUUUCCACCUGUGCAUGUGUUAACCAAGUUAACACAGUUUCAGACUAGAUCAGUCUAUAGACUCUCUGGAUCGAACUAUAAUUAAUGGACUGGUAUGAGUAGCAUUGGAGUAUCUUUCCACUUGUUCUGAUUUUGUUGGGUUUGGUCAUGGCUGUUACUGUACAAGUUCCUUGGCCAGGAAAAUGAGGGUUGUACUACCAGCUUUUUCAUGUUCUACUGGAGUUUCCUUGGGAAAAUAUCAGUGCAGAAUUUCACAUGAAAUUUUUUUUAAAUUCAUGUCUGACAUUUUUUCAGUUAGUAUUUGGGGCUCUCGUUCAAAGUACUGUCCUGUUUUUCUGGUAUGUUGUCUCUGAUGCAAUGGAGGAGCUAUAGAGGCAUAAGAAAAUAAUGACCUUAUCUGCAGAGAGCUAGCAUGAAUCUUUUGUACUGCUAGAAACAGUACCAGUGUGAUGUUGGUUUUCUGUGUGGCAAGAGCUGGGAUUCCGCUGUAUAUAAUAAGUUGACAUAGUUUCUGUGUCGAGUUGCAUCCAAGCUAUAGAUGAUAACACAUCUACUGACAAAAAAGAACUAGCAUAUAUAAUUUCAUAUAUUACAGAUCUCUGUAGAGCUGGAACACAAAACAGACUUAUUUCCUGCUAUUGUCCUCUACUUUUGACCAUUCCGUGUUGGUGUCAUAUGGUAAAAAGCACAGUGCAGUACACUGAGUCACCUACUCCCAUACCUGCCAAGUGCAAGGCAAGGCACUUGUGUCCCACAGAAAAAGAAUAUUAUUAUGUAUUUUCUAGAAGCUGAAUUAAAAAUCUUCUCAAGUUGGCCAUUUCAAUCACCUUUUCAACCAAGUUAUCUGCAAUAUCACCCUAAUUCCCCAUUAAUCACUGUUGGACCUGCUGAUGAAAAAUGACCUGGGCCAAUUUGCAGCUCCUGUGUUCUGUAUGUAAAUAAAAAUUAAAAUUUAUUUAUAAUUCAGACCUGCUACAAGGAGUUCCAUAAAUUAAUAUAACAGGGCAAGCUCUGCAAUAUUUAAAUGGCUCAGAAUCAGACCCUGAAUUUGUCUUGGUGUACCCAAAUAUUAGAUUUUGCUGUAGGCUACCAUGUUCACAGGAAAAGUGCAUGUUGCAAGAUUGUGCCUACUUAUAACUGGUUUUGAUAUAAACUCCCCCUAUUUUUCACAAAAUUAGGUGCUACUGACCCUACAAGAAUGUAAUUCUUCAAGUGCACAUGACUAUACAGAGACAGUAAUUACAGAAAGGGUUUGGAAGAAAGCUUUCUCUUCAGUUGUUUGACUUCUGUUAGAGCUGUAUGAAGACCCUAGGAUGACAAGCACUAAGGCCUGUGGGGAAAUUCUAUUUCUUUUAUCUGUCUCCUUCUGCAGAUUCAUUAUCUUACCUGAAGUUGCAGGGAAUGUAUUUAGGUUCAGAAUUCAAGCCAGUAGUUUUACUGCUGGUACUUCCGUCAGAGUCAAGUGAGUAGACAACCUUCACAUGACUCUAGAAGCAUGUUUGGAACAGGUGAGCUGAUUGAGGCAUGGUCAAUAUGUGACAUAAAGGCUGCUCAUACAUGACCUUCCUUCAUGAAGCAAAUUCAGAGAAAUAAACAAUUUUUCAGCCCUGUCCCAGUCCCUGCUCUGGGAACACCAAUAUUUGGCAUGCAGAAAUGCCCCCGAUACUGUUUCAGAGAAAAUUCUCCAGGCUCUUUCUGGAGACUGAAACUGGAUUUUGACAACUUCAUUUAUAAAAAAUAUUAAAUGAAAGAAAAGUGCUUUCCACUACAAAUGGAGUGUGAUUCAUAGCUGAAAUAACAUGGCAGUAGGCUGUCUCGACAUUGAAACAUGAUAAAGUAAACUCCUCAUCCAAAUUCUCUCCAAUGAAUUUUGUAUUACAGAUGAUGCAAAAUUAUCUGUCAAAAUCCACAGCUUGAUUUUUCCAGUUACACCAAGUCUGUCUCAGUGGGCUCAUCCCUCCUUGUGAUGCUAUCUGAUGGUUUAAUUCCUUCACAGCCGAAAUCCAUUGGGUUCCCCACUAAUGCAGAAUCACAGGCAGGUCCCAAGCAAGGGAAUGAAGGCAGCUUGUGAGAGAUUUCCCCCAGAAUGAGAUCAGUUGAUCUGUCCAUUCCUCACUUCCUCUUCUUUGCCCUCACAUAUUUACCUACAAAACUGGUUGCAUAGAGUUGAGGUUAAAGGGAUUAAGUUCACAGAGGCCACAGGACAUCCAAAGAGGUCUUGCCACCUCACAAUGUUUUUGCUCCAUGUCCCUCUCAUCUUUCUACAGGCCCAGGGAAGCAUGGGAGUGAUUCCAGGAAUAAAAUUCCUGCCCAGCUGAAGUCAAAUGGAAAUUUAUUGACUGUAACAGGGGCAGGAUUUCAUUCCACUUUGUCAUCUAAAAAUAAAGUCUGACAGUAAGAACAGUGACUUAAAUAACAGCAAAAAUACAAGAACAGUACUGAAAAGAUUAAAACCCAAGUAAAAAUGAGCUUUAGCACUGAACACACUACUGGAAGAAAAUGAGUGCAAAUUUGUAAUUAAUAGGUUAAAGAGUGAAAUCACUUUUGCAAAAAAACCCUAAUAAAAUAAAAAAUAUUAAAUUAUCUCCAUCACUUUGACAAUAACCCAGUAAUUUAUUUAAGGAUUUGCUGUAAUGCUGUCAAAAUUGUAUCACUUUCAGGACAGAACAUCUGUUGUUGGUAGAUGGGCUAGGAAUGCCAAGUAUAAUCUAGAAUUUAUUUUCCAAAUACAUUUCACAUUUUAUAUCCCAUGAGAAGUGCUCUUCACCUUUAUGAGCUUUUAUCUUGGCUCAGAAAAAUGGAGCUGGUUUAUGUUGUUUGAUUUUGUUUGGGGUUUUUUUGGGGGGGAGAGCUGUUUGCCUUUUUUUAUAAAGAGUGGAAAGAACAUGCAUGAAUAUACUUUUUAAAGAAAAUGGUAAGAUUUCCUUGGAAGUGUUCCAAGUACUUUUGUGUUUUUCCUGAAUUACCAUUUUAUCCAUAGAUUGUCAACACCCUCCAGUCUUUAAUCCAACAAAAGUGCCCCAUACAGUAACAAAACUUAUUUGGAUGUAUUUGUCUGAAUUUUAUUUCUUCUACUUUUGGAGCCCUGGGAAUCUAAACACAAAACCUCCCAUUUUUAAUUUAUCUCUUUGGUUUGUAGUAUUGCUUUAUAUGGCCUGAGGCACUGUCAAAGAUAGCAAAUCAAUGCCACUGGGUUUCAGUCAUACUUUUCUGGGUGUAAACUGAAUAACAAGCAUAGACCAUGUAGAUAGAGUUCCUGGUGGAAAUGCUUCUUCAUGAGUCCGAGGAUGGUAAACUGUAUGGUAGCUAACAUGUUUGGUACUACAAUCUUCAGAAUGCAAUUGCAGAAGUUCUCACAGUUAAUUUUACCCAUGAAGGCCGGGACACUGCAUCAACAUGCUAUUUCCAACAUCCAGCAAACACUAACUGGCACUUGAAAAGGAACCUUUUUUAACUGAAAAGCAUUUGGGCUGCAAGAGUAUCUCCUCUCUAUAUGUGUGUACUACACAGAAACAGAAAUAUCAAUGAAAAUUUUUGAAAAAUCUGGGAAUAAUUUCCAAAAGUGUAAGUCAAUAUAAAUUGUGGUAAUUUACUCCUAGAUAAGGGUAAAAGCAACAGUGAGAUCAGUGUCACACUUAUGGUUUCUUGUCUUCAGGAAGUUGUGGCCACAGUGCAUAUACUCAUCAUCUGCAGGGGGAUGACACUCACUGCAAGAUUAAUUUUGGUUUUAGUGAGAUUUUAUUCUCACUAUUGUUUAUAAAGCAUUUUCUGCUGCAGCUGUGGCUUCUUUACUAACCACCUACUUGCUGGCCAGAGGAUUUAUGUAUUACUUUAUAAUCAAACGUCCUUGCAUAUAAUCUCUAGAUUAUCAAAUGACAACUCCUUUUUCUUUAUUUUAUCUUUUUAAGAGAAAACUAAGCAGUGAAUUAAACAAGCUCUGAAGUAACUUUUUAUGAUAGUUUAGGGACAAAAAAUACAGUUUGCUGUAUUUUACCUUUAGCACAUUUAAACAAUCUUCUCUUUUUUUUUUUUUUCUUUUUUUUUUUAACUUUACCUUCAGAAACAUGAGGAAGGAUUUGGUUUAAAAAUAAGGAAGGUAAAAAACUUGGAUGUAGCCUCUUUAACAGAAUGUACCACAGUUCUUCUGUUUGCUGUGUUGACUUUGUUGUUUAUAAUGCAUUGCGUGAGCACAUUCACCAUGUACCGAAGUGUGUGUUUGUGUGUAUGGGGUGGGGGUAGAGGGAAAUCUUUUUAUGGAAAAAAAAAAAAAAGUUGUGAACAUAAACUAUGAAGCAACAUCUAAUGAAAAGUUUCUUUUUAAGUGCAAUAUAUUUAUUUCUGCUAGACAUAUAAUAUCAACAUUAUGUAAUAUUUGAAGCAUUAAAUGUUAUUUGUAAACAGCUUAAAAUUAUAUAUAUAUCACAAAAACUGUACAGAAGUGCAAAUGUGUGGAUAUUCAGUUUCUUUCAUUAAAAUAUUGGGUGUUUUGAUAUAUCAUUCUUAUUUAGCCAAAUCUUUCUGCUUCUGUUUAUUUUUUUCUCUAACCAAGUUGCUGAAGGCAAUGGAACCAGUCACAGAUGUUUCUGAGAGCACACAAAAUUUGUUAGGGCUGCUCAUCUACAAAAGGUGGUCUAAGUCUUGGAUUCAUAUGGAGUGAUAGUUGUUCUGUAGUGAAAUACAAUUGUAGUCUGCAUGGAGUUACACAAAUUAUUUCUUUUUCAAAAUGCUUUGCAAUCAUAUUCACAAAAAUUCCUAUGUUUGCCAGCAGAAGGGAAAUGAAUGGCUGAAAUAUGGGGUUUUCAGGGUCCCCAGGACAGUAAAUACAGACCUAGGAAACACAGUAUAAGAAGAGAGUAGAAUUCGGUCUCUUAAGUCAGGAGUAGUGAAGAAUGUAAAGAAGUGAGGAGUAAAUUCCUCUCCAUAAAUACUGCAGGCUUUUUAUUUAAAAAAAAUAAAAGUGGUUUUAUUGCAAUUAUAAUAGCAUAUAUUAAAGCAAGAGAGAGUUACCUGAGACUCUAUCUAAGGUAUUCAAAGAGGAAAGACAGUGACACACAGUAAAGGAUUACCUAGAGAGUAUAAGGAGCAAUACCUAUCAUUCAAAGUCUUCUAGAACAGGUUGAACAUGCACUACUCAAGAAUGAUGUGAUUAAAGCUAAUCUUGCCUUAGGACAAUCAAAUGAUCUCUUGAGGUGCUUCCAAGCUUCCUACAAGAGCCAUCCCUUAAAGCAGCUUCUGACAAAAUUCUCAUGUUACUCCAAAAGUUUUUGUUAUGAACCCAGAGUUUAUCUUGUCCCCAAAUUGAGAUCAGCUGCUGGGUCUUUUGCAACUAGGUCACAAGAUCCCUGGUUUGCAAAGAAACUCAGUGGGAUGGAAGAGCUGUGAGGUUCUAAGGAACAGUAGCAGCAGCAUCUUCUUGGUUUGGGAAUGUAAGCAUGGAGAUAGCAACCUCAGGUAAUUCAAAUCUACCUUUACCUAUGCUAAAUUGCAACCAUGUUUUAAUGUAUCUCAUUAAUAUUUGGAAUGUAUGAAAAUCAGGAUGGAUUGCUGAGUUGGUAACUCUGUAUGAUGCCUUUUGUCUCUGUAUUAGAUUUUAUGGCAUCUUGGUAGCGAAACACCUGCAUUCUCUCAUGGAUAUUCAAUGCUGUGAAAGUCUUUUGCUUAACCUCAGGCUAAGGGGGCUUUCUUGAUUACAAGUAACACCAAGCACGUGCAUUGGCACUUUCCUGAAUCAGAACUAUUGGCUGUGCACUGCUUUAAGACACAGUUAUGCCAAUGGUCCCAUUGAAAUCAGCUGCCUUGCUUGUGUGAAGUUAGAUCAGUGCUUAAGCAUUGCAGUGGCUCUGCAACAGCAAAACUCCUCGUGCUUUGCAGAAUCAAGACCUUUGGGAGCAAGUUGGCUGUGCAACAAACACCUCUGUAACUGGAGCUUUUAUUUGCUAUUUUACAAAGAGAAACUGGGGAAUUAAACAAAAUGAAGAUUCUGAACUGUCUCCCAGUAGGAUUACUUCGAAGAGACUGAUGAAUAGUCAUGGCGACUGUAGGCUGCCUUGUGUAUCACAUUUAGAAAACAGACUUCUAUCCAAAUUAUUUAUCUUGGAGAUAAGCAGUGCAGAAAACAAAUUAUUUGGAGAAUGCUAUUUUCUAAAUUUCCUGUGCAGGAGCACAAUGAAUGCAUGAUUUUAUGGUAUGCUUCAAAUACAGAGUAAUAAACAAUACGUUGAAUCAAGAUCAUUUCAAAUACACAUAAAAUAUUUAGAUUAUACACCAACAGUUCAAUAUAUAAAAACUAACAACAAUCACUAAGAAUAACUCUAAAAAUGAAACUGCCAGUGGUCUAAUGUUCAAGAUCUUUAUUAAAGUUAGUCAUUGAUAUCAGGGUUGGUCAGUGAGGCUCUAGGGACCUUUGCAGACAGUACAGAAGCUGGUCGCUGUUCUCCAGAGUAAUAACCAGAGGGACCAAGAAAAACCUAUAGGGAUGUCUACCAGAAAAGUUGGACAGAGAGGUUUUUUUGAAGAGUAGGAUAAUAACUUCUCCCAAUGCAGAGUAUUAGAUAUAUCAUAACUGUAGUAUUUUUAGCUCUGUUAAUAUAAAAUAUUAUUUGACAGGCAGACACAUCAAAAUCCAGUAUUUUUGAGGCUUUUUAGGAUGGAAAAUAGAUCUAUUGCAUGAACUGCACUGACUAACUAAUUUGGUAAAUUAAAAUCAAGCAACCAUUCUCAAGCAAUAAUUUUUGCCUCUUGGUUGAUUUUGAAUUGUUUUUUAUUCCCUGGCAGGAAUAUAUACAGUAAUUUUGAGUUGUUUUAGGGUGCUGUGUCCUAGAGAACUUCUAGAGAGUUUGAGUCAUGUUUUCACAAACUCCAUGAGAAACCCCUUCAAAGGUCUGUGUUCCCCUGUAUUUGGAGAAGGGUAGUUGCAGAAAUGGUUGUGAGCUGAAUGGUUAACCUUUAGCUAUGCAAGGGGCACUCAGCUUGUUCUUUGUCUGUUUAAAUUACCAAUAUCAGAAUUGCCCAAAGAGUAAGAUUAAUUAAAAAAGGGAAAAUGCUUGCAACUGAAUCUGUAAUUGAUGAUAUUUAGAACAAAUAAUCCCUCAAAAGGUUGAGGUGAUAGCAGUUCCUUGAACAGCUGUGGCUUUUCUCUAUUUAGAUGUUUAACUUUGGUCAGCUGUUC